GCCAUUUAUUUCUCAUCGUCGCUUUGCAACAGUUUUGUGCGGCAUUUUCUCAUUCGCUGUUCUAGAAGGGGGGGCCCAAAGAAAAAGAAAGACUUACAAAUUGCGCUUCUUCGUUAGUAAAAACGGCCACGGCGUAACGACUGUACCAAUUGUGCGUACAGUGCAAGUGUAGAAAAAUUGCUGCAAACAUUUUUAAAUUGGUAAAAUCAUCUAAUUAUCAACAUGUCCAGCUUGCCGAGCAAAAAAAUUAAACUGUCGAAUGAUGGUGACGGCAAUGCGGCAUCUGCAAACGCGCCUAACGAGGAGGAGUCUGAAGCUUUGGAGCUAAUUGAUGCCUGCCAAAAUGAGAUCGAUGCGCUUAAUGAGAAGGCGAGCGAGGAAAUACUCAAGGUAGAGCAGAAAUAUAAUAAAUUAAGGAAGCCCUGCUAUGAGAAGCGCAGCGAGUUGGUGAAAAGAAUCCCGAAUUUCUGGGUGACAGCGUUUAUUAACCAUCCACAAGUGUCUGCCAUUUUGGAUGAAGAAGAGGAAGAAUGCCUCCAUGCUCUUACUAAGUUAGAGGUAGAAGAAUUCGAAGAUAUAAAAUCGGGAUACCGCAUCCAUUUCUACUUCGACGAAAACCCCUAUUUUGAAAAUAAGGUGCUUACUAAAGAGUUCCACUUGGGUUCUGGAAAUGCGGAAAACAGUGAUUGUCCAUCGUCGACGAGCACACCCAUCCAGUGGAAGGACGGCAAAGAUCUUAUAAGAUCAUGCAUGACGAAGCCCUAUCAGCAAAAUAAACGGAAACGACCUGCGGACUAUAAGACAUUUUUCGAUUGGUUCUCAGACAAUACUGAUCCAGUUAAUGAUGAGAUUGCUGAAUUGAUCAAAGAUGACCUCUGGCCAAAUCCUCUUCAGUAUUAUUUGGUACCUGAUAUUGAGGUUGAACCAGAAGAUGAUGAAGACGAUAAUGAGGACAAUGAUGAGGAACUUUUUGACGAUGAUGAUGCAGAAGGCGAAGACGAUGACGAAGAAGAUGAAAAGUAAACAAACCGUUGAAGGAAUAAUUUCUUUAAAGGUCUUCGACAAAAUACAGCUAAAUAGAUUUCUUUAAUUAUAAGAAAUACAAUUAAAAGUGUCCGAUCGACUAAUAAUUUUUAUAUAUUCAAUUUCUUUUUAAUUGGACUUCGAGUAGACUAACCUUUUCAAAUUGGUUUAAUAUUUUUCAAUGAAAUCUCGAAAAAUUAGUUGUAAAUUCUUUUCCAUUUGUGGAAACAGCUGCGUUUUGCUGCUCAUCAAAAGACGAUAACUUCACAUCUGAGGUUAGAGAUGUUUACUGUUUAUAUGUGCAUAUGAACUUAAAAAAUGCAAACUAUGUUGAAAGCCUGCAUUUCUCAAACAAAGUAUGGUAAAUACAUAUUUAGUCCAAAUAUUCAGUUGUAUUUUGAAUAUUCACAUCUGAAAUAAUUUUGUUCGAAUUAAAAUUAAUGUGUGUAUGACAUGUAAACUGAAUAAAAGUCCUUAAAAUUUAAAUAAUUUUGAAUAUGGGUAAACAGA